AUGAAUCCCUUCUACUCCCUCUGGACCCAGCUCCGACCCCUGGAGUACCCGUCAGCGGACUGCAGCGGUAAGACAGUGUUGGUCACCGGUGCCAACUCGGGCCUGGGGUUCGAGGCAGCCUGCCACUUUGUCCGCCUGGGCGCCAAGGUCAUCCUGGGGUGUAGAGACAUGGAGCGCGGGGCACACGCCAAGGCCGCCAUCGAGAUGUCGGUGUUGCAGGCCUCGGAGGGCGUGGUCGAGAUCUGGCAGGUCGACUUGGCCUCGUUUGCGAGCGUCAGGGCCUUUUGCACCCGGGCGGCCGAGCUGGACCGCCUCGACAUCAUUGUCGCCAACGCCGGCAUACAGCUGGGGCACUUUCACGUCGCCGAGGGGUACGAGCGCCAGGUCACCGUCAAUGCCAUCUCGACGUUUCUCAUGGCCGUGCUCCUCCUCCCCGUAUUGAAGAGAAGCGCCGCUGCGCAUGGAAGCCAGGCAAGGAUCACCAUUGUCGGGUCCAAUGCCCAGCGCUGGACAUCGAUCAGGCACGAUGACACCAAUCCCAUCUUCGAGUCAAUGCGAGGUGGUCAAAACAUGCAGAUGCGGUAUGGGGUCAGCAAGCUCCUCAUCUUACUCGCCACGCGGGAGCUUGCCGACCGCAUCGCCAAUAAGCUCGACAUGCAGCACCUCGUGACGGUCAAUAUUGCUGAGCCAGGGCUGUGCAAGUCGCAGCUCUUCCGCGAGGCAGUGUUUCCCACGUCGUGGCUUAUGGCCGUCCUCGUCCCGCUCCUUGGGCGAACGUCGGAGAUGGGAUCUCGUUGCCUCGUGCACGCUGCCACGGCUGGCGAGGACACGCAUGGAAAGUACCUCGAGGACUGCGGUUUUGGGGACGAAGGGAGUUGGGUCAGGAGUGCAAAGGGCGCGGUGGCUCAGAAGAGGGUCUUUGACGAGCUCCUCGAUAUAAUUGAAGGCAUCUCGCCGGGCUCAUCAGAGCUCUUAAGAGAAUAG